CCAAAUUGGAUUUUAAACGUCAUAAAAUAAGUUGUCAAAUAUAUGAAGCAUGUGUUUGUUUAUUAAAUAUAACCUAGAAAAUUAACUCAAAAUGAGUAUAGUUAAUUUUAGUAAAAGCUUUAUUCCCUGCAUUAAAAAUACAAAAUUUCUCAGUACUUUACCUAGUCCCCAUGUUUUUGAUGUAGUGGUUAUUGGUGGUGGACAUGCUGGUACAGAAGCUUGCUCGGCUGCUGCUCGAAUGGGGGCUGAUACCCUUUUAAUUACACACAAAAAGGAAACUAUUGGUGAAAUGUCUUGUAACCCUUCAUUUGGUGGUAUUGGAAAAGGGCAUUUAAUGAAAGAAGUUGAUGCUUUAGAUGGGGUAUGUGGACGAAUUUGUGACAAAUCUGGCGUUCAAUACAAGGUAUUGAAUCGAAGAAAAGGUCCAGCUGUGUGGGGAUUAAGAGCACAAAUCGAUAGGAAAUUAUAUAAGCAUCAUUUACAGAAAGAUUUAUUUGAAAAUACCCCAAAUUUAAAAAUUAUUGAAGCGCCUGUUGAAGAUUUGUAUGUUGAGGGACUCUCAGAUUCAUGUUCAAAAUGCUGUGGAGUUAUUUUAAUUAAUGGAACGAAAAUAUUAAGUAAAACUGUAGUGAUUACAACGGGUACAUUCUUGAAAGGACAAAUUAAUAUUGGAUUAGAUGUUCGACCAGCGGGUAGAAUUGGCGAUGCACCGUCUAUUGGAUUGGCUAAUACGUUGUCUAGUAUUGGUUUUCGAAUGGGACGAUUAAAAACUGGUACACCACCUCGUUUAAAAUCGGAUAAAAUUAAUUUUAAUGUAUGCGAAAAACACUUAGGAGACGAAUAUCCAAUACCAUUUUCGUUUUUAAAUAAAGAAGUUUGGAUAAAGCCAGAAGAUCAACUUCCAUGUUUCAUGACACGAACAAACAGUCAAGUUGAAAAUAUAGUUUUAUCAAAUUUACACUUGAAUCGUCACGUUAUGGAAGAGAUCAAUGGUCCUAGAUACUGCCCGUCAAUUGAAUCAAAAGUUCUCCGUUUUCGUGGUAGAGAACAUCCCAUAUGGCUUGAACCUGAAGGAUUGGAUAGUGACGUAAUUUACCCUAAUGGAAUUUCAUGUACAUUGCCCGAAGAAUUACAAGUACAACUAGUGAGAUCCAUUAAUGGCUUAGAAAAUGUUGAAAUACUUCGACCAGGUUAUGGCGUUGAGUAUGAUUAUGUGGAUCCUCGCGAAUUACGACCAACGCUAGAAACUAAAAGAGUAUCAGGUUUAUUUUUAGCAGGGCAAAUUAAUGGUACAACAGGCUAUGAAGAAGCUGCAGCGCAAGGAAUUGUAGCCGGUGCUAAUGCAGGAGCAAAAGCAUUAAAUAAAUCACCAUUAAUUAUAAAUCGGACUCAAGGCUAUAUUGGAGUUUUAAUUGAUGAUUUAACAACACAAGGUACAAAUGAACCGUAUCGAAUGUUUACAAGUCGUGCAGAAUUUCGUCUUAGCUUACGACCUGAUAAUGCUGAUUUAAGAUUAACUGAAAAUGGAUUUAAUGUGGGUUGUGUUAGUAAAAAACGUAUGGAUUUAAUGGAAGAAGUUAAAGUAAAAUUAGAAAAUGGUAAAGAUUUGUUAAAAGGUAUUCAAAUGUCGACGAAUCAUUGGAGGGACUUAUUAAAUUUGUCACAAUCAAAAAAUACUCUUCAAAAAACUGCUUUUGAAAUGGUAUCAAUUCCUGCUGACAACGUAACAAUUGAAAAAUUAUACAAGGCAUUAAAGCUACCAGAAUUACAACAAUUUGCCGAAGAUAAAUCACUUGCAACCAGACUUGAAAUUGAAGCUUCAUAUGAGCAUGCAUCAACCAUACAAGCUAAAGAAGUUGAAGAAAUUCGGCGUGAUGAACAGCUGAUUAUUCCUGAGAAUUUGGAUUAUGCCGAUCAUUCGUUUAAUUUAUCGAUUGAAGAAAAAGAGAAAUUAUUACAAAUUCAACCUCAAACGAUAGCAGCUGCGAGUCGAAUUCCAGGUGUAACUCCUUCAACGGUAUUACGUUUAUUAAAAUAUGUCAAACAAAAAAAUGCGUUGAAUGCUGUAAACUGUUAAAUGAAAGUUUUAUUUUCAAAUAAAAUAUUUAUUUGUUA